AUGGACAGCAAAAAGAAAAGACCACCCACUCUGGUGACCAAAGAUCCCGCUAAGGAGAAAGAGAAGGCCGUGUGUUUGAAUGUGACUGAACGCAUGAGGAAUGAGUCUGAAAGAUAUCAGCAAAGAUCUAGGGAGCUAAAGAGAGAAAUCGAGGACAUGAACGCUGAGUUCAGGGCCAAGGAGGUGGACUAUAAUGAUAUACGUGAGUACCUGGAGUACAAGUUGGCAAAGUUAAAGAAGAAAAAAGAGAAGUUGAGAGAGCAGCUGGAGAAGGAGAAAACUGAAACCGAGAACGUGAAAGCCAAAACAUUGCUAUUGCGUCAAGAGAUUCAGGAGCAGGAAAGAAGGAGAGAUGAACGCAAGGCCGAGCAGGCUUCGAGAGUGGACAAGCAGAAGCAAGAGUUGGAGCAGCUGAAUCAGCUGCUGUCUAGUAAGAAAAUUGAAGUUCAGGAGGAGAUGGACCGUCUGAAGAAGCAACAUGAAGCUGCUUUACAUAAGAUGGAGAUGGAGGAGCGCAUGCUGAUUAAGAGGAAACAGGAGGAGUUCGACCGCCUCCAGGAGCAGAAGAUUGCAGCUAUCGUUCAGGAGAGAGCUCAGUUUAAAGCUCAGUAUAAAGAGGCGACUGAAAAGGGUGAGCUCCUAAUGAGAGAAGUGACACGUCUGGUAAAACAAAAGAGGCACUUCCAGUCACAAGUGGACGAACUUUGCCCCAAAUUAGACAAGCUGAAAGUCACCCUUGACAAACACAAGCAGGGCCUCCUCAAUCUUCAGAAGGAAAAGGAGAAGCUGGUGAAAAGGUGCCAGCGGCAGAAAGCUAAACAUGAGGAGAUGGUCAGGGCUAAACAUGAGGAGAUGGUCAGGAAGGCAGAAGCUUUGACCCAGAAACAGGCAGAGUGCCGUUCAAAACUGACUGAUAAAUCUCAACUGGAGGCCCGAGUGCAGAGGGAGAAGAGCAGGAUAAAGGAGCUGGAGGGCGAUUUAAAGAAAGCAGCGUCUAUGCUCACAACCGUUGUCUCAAACCCAGAGAUGGAAAACAAGGAUCAGUUGAUGCUGAAAGUGCUGGAGAUCCUGGAGAGUCCAGGACCACAGGAAGCAGGGUCUGCAGAUGAAGUCAGUGGAGGCCUGAAACCACAGGCCUCUGGUACUGAAGCCACUGCAGAAGCAGAGAAUUUGGAGAGAAAGGCAUUGUUCCUGAUGGCUCAAUACAGGAAAGGUGAUCUCGGCCUCGUACCUCGACCCACAUGGAAUCCAAAACCCACCGGGGCCCGUCACCACACAUUAAGACUGCCUCCAGCCAGGGAACCUCUUUGGCAUAAAGCAUUGGAUAAAUUUAAUAAGCUUUAA